AUGCAACAAUAUCCACUCACCUCCUCUGCACAUUCGGGCUCUUCAACUGUGGGCUCCUCAACGGUCCCACAAUUUGUGGUGAUCUAUGACCAAAUGCAACAGUCAUGGAAGCACCCGGUGGUGCACUACGUCUUUGAAGAUGAGCCUUUCCCCUUAAUAGAUCAAAAGGAUCGGUGCGUUUUAAUAGACCUCAAGGAAGACGGUGAAAGUGUAGCCGACUGUCAUUCUUUAAGUCACACUUUUCAAGUGACCAAUUGUAAGGUCAGUCUAACACCGCAAAUGAGUACGACGGGGCAAGGUGGCAAGGAACCCUCUUCUGCAACAGGAGCUUCUGGCACCGGUCGUACCACCUUUGUCAACACCCUCUGUGGUAGCGAAGUCUUAUCCAAGAAAUUAUGUGAUAAUCCCGAAGCUGCUAACGUGGAGGAAGGUAUUCGCAUCAAACCUGUGACUGUCGAGUUGGAAGAAGACGGGGUCAGAAUUGCUCUAACUAUAGUAGAUACUCCUGGUUUCGGGGACAAUAUUGACAAUGAAUUUUGCUUCCAAGAAAUUAUGGGCUACUUAGAAAGACAAUAUGAUGAUAUUCUCGCGGAAGAGUCAAGAAUUAAACGUAAUCCACGGUUUCGGGACAAUCGUGUUCAUGCUCUUCUUUAUUUCAUCACUCCCACAGGUCAUUCCCUUCGUGAAAUUGAUAUUGAACUAAUGAAGCGCCUUAGUCCACGCGUAAAUGUAAUUCCUGUUAUUGGCAAAGCCGAUACGUGCACACCCACCGAAUUGGCAGAAUUCAAAAAAAGGAUCAUGGAGGACAUCGACCAUUAUAAUAUCCCAAUCUACAAUUUUCCGUUUGACGUAGAAGAAGAUGAUGAAGAGACUGUUGAAGAAAAUAGCGAAUUAAGGGCCCUUCUACCUUUUGCAAUUGUUGGGAGCGAGGAAGAAAUAAACGUGAACGGAAGGUCUGUUCGAGGUCGACAAUACCCGUGGGGUGUGGUCGAAGAUCUGAAAGAAAUUACCCACGACUUCUUAUAUGAGAAUUACCGUACCGAGAAACUUAGUCGAAGCGCAGACAGUACUUCUGUCGAGGAUUCUGCCAUCUUGCCAGAAGACCUCGCCACUCAAAGUGUGCGGUUGAAGGAAGAGCAACUGAAACGGGAGGAGGAGAAGUUGAGAGAAAUUGAAUUAAAGGUCCAACGUGAAAUCUCCGAAAAGAGGCAAGAACUCUUGGCUAAGGAGGAAGCUUUGAGGAAUUUGGAAGCUCGUUUAGCACAGGCUCAAGAAUCUUCUAAUUAA